AUGCAUUUCUUGAAGAUUUCCAGUAUCCUGACUUUUUCUUCGACGGUCUUCGCAACCCAAUGUUACAACCACAUCAAAGGCGUGCAGAAAAGUGGUGGUCUGUGGGUGGAUGAGGGAGCUUUGUUGAAUAUAAGUUUCUGCAAGUGGGAGGCAGAGUCGAAGAGAGUUCGAUAUGACUCGUUGGAUGCUAGACCCGAGGCAAAGAGAGUUGCAUGGGAUGGGUUGAUUGACGUUUCUGAAUCAAAGAGAGUUAGAUCUAAAGUACCGAGAGUCAGAUAUGAAGGACUCCGGGAUGCAAAGAGAGUCGCAUGGGAUGGAUUGGAAAAAGCGUCUGGAUCUCGAGGACCCAAACAGACUAAACCUACGGCUCCACGAGUUUCGAUAUGA